CGGCCAAUAGACGCGACGCUUCGCGCGGGAGGAGGCGCGUCUGACCGACUGUCAUGCGAGUUUCAGGAACCGAGGAGAGCAGAAGGGCGUGUGUUAUUAAUAAUCAGCCCAGCAGAAAGUCCCGCAGUCGUUGUGACAGCGAGCAGACGAGGACACGCAGCGCUCCGGAGAGGAUUCAUCGCUGCGUGGGUUACGCUUCUGCGCUCGGCGCUGCUUUCUGUCGCCUUCCAGCGUGACUAAUCGCAGCUUUGACGCAGUGGAUUGUUCCUUCAUCUGAUCUGCGCUGAUCGAUCCUUCACACAGUUUAAUGCGGAGGAUUUCUGAAUGCCCUUCCCGAUUACAACAACUCGAUUGAUUAUUUUUUCCCAUCGUGGAUGACUGUAAACACACAGCUGAGAUCAUCUCUCGGCGUAUUAUGUCUUGUGAGGAAUCUGUCUUGCAGUUUUAAUGACGGGUAAGAUGGAAGCGCCCUUCUAUCACGAUGAUAGCGUUCCUAACUUUGGGCAAAUUUCAGACUACGAUCGAUACCAAGGUCACAAGAUUAUGAGCAAGAAGAACAACAUGCCGCACAAUUUCUCCAACAGCGUGGGAAACGCCUCGAGCCUCAAACUCAACAGCCCCAACAGUCUGGGCAUGAGCGGUAAUCCCAACGGCUCGCUGAUGUCUUCUCCAGACAUGAACCUCCUGAAGCUGUCCUCUCCAGAUCUGGAGCACCUGAUCAUCCAGUCUAACCAGGGGCUGGUUACUACAAGCCCGGCUCCCAACGCAUCUGCUAAUCCCUUCAUGUACCGAAACCAGGCCACGAACGAGCAGGAGGGAUUUGCAGACGGCUUCGUCAAAGCUCUGGCCGACCUGCACAAGCAGAACCAGCUGGUCGGGGCCCCCAUGUCCCCCUCCUCCUCCUCCAUCCAGGGCUCUUACCAGAGGAACCUGAUGCCGGGUGGAGACAUGCCCAUCUACACCAACCUGAGCAGCUACAACCCCAACCAGCUGCCCUCCUCUUACCACGGGGGCCAGAUGACCUACGCCUCGCCCCACGGCCCUCAGACCCGGGGCCCAGACGCUCCACAGACGGUGCCCGAGGUGCCACACCCACCCAGCUCCCCGCCCUCGCUCUCUCCCAUCGACCUGGAGACCCAGGAGCGGAUCAAGGCGGAGCGCAAGAAGCUGCGGAACCGCAUCGCCGCCUCCAAGUGCCGCAAGAGGAAGCUGGAGAGGAUCUCGCGGCUGGAGGAGAAGGUCAAGGUGCUGAAGACGCAGAACUCGGACCUGGCCUCCACCGCCAGCAUCCUGAGAGAGCAGGUGGCUCAGCUCAAACAGAAAGUCAUGAAUCACGUCACUAAUGGCUGCCAGAUCGCCGUCAGCUCUGCCGGCAUGGCCAAGAGCGGAGAGAGCACCAGCUGCUGAAACCACAAGACACACACGCAAGGUUUUCUAUUGACUUUCUCUUUAUCUCCUGGCCGCACUCUUACGCUCAUUCUCUGUCUCUCUCAGCCCUGUCUUGCUUCAGCUCAAAGGGCGAGACGGGGGAGACCCGAGCGACGCCAGGAUUGACAAACCUGCACAUGCUCCCAAGCCGCUCUCUGGACUCGGGGUCAGUGAGGAAAAGGCCAAAGUGACAGAGAUACAGAUGCACUGUGGGUGGGAUGAUCAUAAAGGGAACCAAAACUCAUGUAGGAAUUCUGCACUCUUUUUUUUUUUUUUGUUAACCCCGGCUUGCAACUGCGAUUUCUCACUUCAGGCCGAUGGAAACUUUCCUCAACUAUUUUUUUUUCUUUAUAAUCAACGUCUCGUUAAACCGAUGGGAAAGCUUUAUA